AUGGCCUCCGAAUACAGGAUACACAAGCCAUAUGUGCUGUCGACCCUACCCCGACCGCUGGGCCACACAGACAGCAGGAUCGUCGCAAAGGAAGUCUACGGCCAGAGAGAUGGGUUGAGGAAGAAGAGGACGGAAUUGGCUGUCGGCAUUGAUGAAUCAUUCACCUGCCCGCCGCACUCCAUACGCAUUCGACGCACCGGCAGCAGCGAUGUCUCUCGUUACACAUACAUCGCGACAAAGGAUGGCGCCUCGUACAAAAUCACGCUGUUCAAGGAUGUGGUCCACAGCGAUGGCAAGACGACAUCGACAACCGAGACCAAGGCCCUGCGAAAGUCACCGGUGCUGUACGUCACAACCUCGGGACCUAACGCCACGAGCGCCGUGGGUAAUGUCAUUGCGGUGUGUGAAAAUGGCGACGUCUUCAGCUUGAGGGAGAACCUCGCCCUGUUGUGGAGCUCCUCGGCCAAGUCUGUCGUGGACGACGUCUCCUCCGCCGCCGUCUCGGGAUUCGAGGUGGACUUUGCCAUUUCGGGCACGGUGGCUGAGUUCAGUGACGGCAUGUUCAAGAGUCGACCUGAAGUGUACACGUCCCUACCCAAGUCCGCGGGCGCGGAGCCCGUGCUCCUCGCGCUCGUGUCUAAGAGCGCGACGGGCGGCACCGAGGGUCGACACCUGCUGGUCCUUGCCGUGGGCACUGGCGAGUCGUCGGCCGAUGCCCAAAGGCUGACUCCUCUGGAUGUUGCGCCCUUUACAGCGCCCGCGGGGGUUGGCCGCCCCAAGUACCAUUUUGAGGUACAGUCCGGGACGCUUCUCCAACUCCAAGACGGCGCGUUGACCGUCUUUGACCUUACUGGUGAUGUGCCCAAGGUCAAGUCUAUCAUUCAGAUGGAGGAGGCCACAACCUUCACCAGGCUCUCCCGCCCGUUUGUUCUCGCCAUGUCCGCCGACUCGAUCGGUCUGUACAACUACCAGUACCGCUCGGUUCACGCCAUGUCACAGCUUGACCUGUCCGACCUCCCGGCCGAAAGCCAGCAGGCGCAGUCUUUUGAGCUGAUCAGCUACCUCCGGAGCCAGGAUACGGCUGUCGCACUGGUUGACAACACCCUCGUCUGCAUCCACAUUGAGCCACCCAAGAGCAACGGGCGGAGGCGCAAGGCCGGUCUGCUCAUCGACUCCAUCGGGCGCGGCACUGCCGUUGAGAUCCCAGCAAAACGGGCCAGGACUGAGCGGCCGGCUCCUGAAUUUUCCCACACGCUUCCCGGCACCAUCACCGAAGAAUACCUCCGCAAGCACCACGCCGAGGAGAAGGAGGCCGAUCAGCUCUUGAACAACGACGCCAUUGCCGAGUGGGAAGCCAAGCUACGCGGCAAGUUUGGCGUGGACAAGGUCGUCGACGGAGCCCCCAACGGAUUCCAAGCGACUGGUAACCAGGUUGAUGAUGAAGUGCCGGCGUGGGAGUGGUGCAUGGAGCCAACCGCCUACCCAGCCGUCGACCGUCGCUGGGUUCUCUACGGCAUCACCAGAGUCUUCACAGUGGACGUGGGCGAGGGCUCGGAAGAUGAUCGGCUUCGUCUCCGGCUCCUCCAGCCCGACAGCAACGUGAUGGCCUACCUUGCCGUAGCGGGCCAUCUGACCAUGACCAAUCUGCACGCGGCCUUCAGGGAGGAGAUGGAGAAUGCGGCAAGGAAACGAUCCUUUGCCAGCGACCUCAUCCAGUGCCUCACGGAGGCGGACCCAUCCCUGACGCUCCUCCUCAACUACCUACGCGCGACGAAGCUCGGCGAAGUCGAGGUUCUCCUCGCCAUCCGCGCCAUCAUGUCGAGCAUGGAUCUCAUCACCACCGCGGGCGACGUACCCAAGAAGCAGCUCACCGCCAGCGCGCACGCCGAAGGCCAAGAGGACAUGGACCUCGACGACCUGGAGCGCGAGAUUGCCGUGACGGAGCACUACCUGGGCGACGAGAGCAGCACGCGAUCGAGGGGUCUCACCCUGGCUUUCACCAAACUAUGGCGCCUGCCCUCGCGCACAACCGUCAAGGCCCUCGCCACGGCCCUCCAGACCGAGGAGAUCCUUGCCCUCAUCCACCUCCUGCGCAUUGAACUGGUCCGCGGCGCCUGGACAUCGCUCUACAUCGACCCACCGUCCUUUGACGCCGAGGGGAACGAGCCGCCCCCGGACGGUGUGAUCGCGCUCAUCUCCGACCUCCUCGGCCGCUGCCUCGACGCCAUCGGCUCCGGGGGCUGGCUGCUCAACGACGCCCUCGACACGGCCACGGAGACGGGGGACAUUCUCGCGGCGCUCAAGCUCGAGGUCGCCGCCGCCCUCGACGGCAUGGAGGAGGCCGUCUUUCUAAAUGGCGCCCUCGGGGAGGUUGUCCGCUACGGGCGCGCCGCCGGCGCCGCCGCGUCGGGCACCAGGACGAUCAACGCCAACAAGCCCAUCACCGUCGCCGUCGAGAGCAAGGAGGGCCGGAUGCUGCCGCUAGGGCUCAAGGCCAAGACGCUCCCCAAGAGGGAGAAGGUGGUCAGUGGAGGUGAGGUGGUGAUGAGGAGCAGCCGCGAGACGGGCCAUCUCAUCAGUCAGAAGGUGGAGGCAUACUCGCUGGAAAAGCUAGCCAUCUAG